AUGGCGAACAAAGCCGCUGUUCCGUUCCUGGUCACGAUGAUGCUCGUGACCGGGGUCUGCAACACAAUCCUCAACAAAUACCAGGAUAUGCAGUGUGUGUGGAAUUGCGAUUCUCCCAACCCUAUAUACCGCCGCACCUUCGAGCAACCUGUCAUUCAAACUAUCCAGAUGUUCACUGGAGAGAUGGGUAGCUGGCUUGUGAUCCUCAUGUCCUACCUUUACCGGCGUUUUAUCUCUCCGCGCUUGUCCAACAACUCUUCACCGCUUCUAGCCGGUGGUUACCACCCUGUCGGGGCAGCCGAGGGACUUGACGAGGAGGAGGAUUACACAAUCGGAGGACCCGACGGUUCGAGUGAUGCCACAAAGCCCCCCACACUACCUAACGGACGCAUUCCUCUCAAAGGGCGCAGGAUCCUCCUUCUUGCAGCUCCCGCAUGUUGCGACAUCGCCGGUACAACUCUCAUGAACGUCGGGCUGCUCUUUGUCGCUGCCAGUGUGUACCAAAUGACCCGUGGCGCCCUGGUUCUGUUCGUUGGGCUCUUCAGCGUGAUUUUCCUCCACCGGAAACUGUACCUCUACCACUGGCUUGCACUGUUCGUGGUGGUUCUUGGUGUUGCAUUGGUCGGCCUUGCAGGCGCCCUCUUUAGCGGGACCCCGGCCCACGAUGUCACGCAGGAGACCGCCGCAGCGGCCAUCACGCAUGCUAUCAGGGAAGUUCAAACCACGGCCCAGACUCCGGAAGCGCUAAAGGCCGUUGUCGGGGUCCUUCUUAUCGCCGCAGCUCAGAUCUUCACCGCAUCCCAAUUCGUGGCGGAGGAAUGGAUCCUGGAGAACUAUGAAAUGGAUCCCCUCGAGGUCGUUGGUUGGGAGGGCAUUUUCGGGUUCUCCGUGACCGUCAUCGGCUCGAUCAUCUUAUAUCUGACCAUCGGACGCACGGAGGCUGGCCGCUACGGUUACUUCGAUGCAAAGGAGGGCUGGAGCCAAGUCUUCCACAACAGAGCAAUUGCCACGUCCAGCUUCCUCAUCAUGAUCAGCAUUGGCGGCUUCAACUUCUUCGGACUCUCCGUCACCCGGACCGUUUCCGCCACGUCCCGCAGCACCAUCGACACAUGCCGUACCCUUUUCAUCUGGCUCGUCUCUCUGGCCCUGGGCUGGGAAUCCUUCAAGUGGCUCCAGGUCCUCGGUUUCGCCCUGCUCGUCUACGGAACUUUCAUGUUCAACGACAUUGUCCGGCCCCCGCUCAAGGCGUGCCUUCCCCGCGCCCACCGGGAUCGGGAGAUCCUUCUCCCCGAAGAGCCGAUUGAACAUAUCUAG